AUGACAGUCAAUACUCAAGUGUCAGCUGAGUUCUCUAGAUCACGCGACGUGGAUUGGUAUCAUCCAACUUUGACUCAGCUCCCUGAGACAUCGGCGCAGGUCUUUCGUGAAUAUUCCGGCAUUCCUGAAGACCAAGUUCUGGACCACAUUCAACGCAUUCGAGAGAAAGCGUGGGAGAUCUUUCCCUAUCCAUGCAUUGGCAUUUUUCGAUUUAUUGAUUUCGGUGCUUGUCAAAGCCCGGUAUACCCUAGUGUCGUCGAAAGGAUUAAGAAAGGUCAGAUGUUCCUUGACCUGGGUUGUUGUUUUGGACAAGACAUACGGAAACUUGUCUUUGAUGGGGCUCCUUCAGACAAUCUUAUUGGUGUCGAUCUCCAUGCCGGCUUCCAUGAGCUGGGAUAUGAACUUUUCGGGGAUAAGGAGACCCUCAAAGCCCGUUUCGAAGCCCAAAGUAUCUUCGAUGACGAUUUUCUGCCUGAACUGCAAGGGAAGAUAGACAUGAUCUAUAUGGGGGCUUUCCUUCACUUGUUUGAGCCAGUCCAGCAAACUAUCAUUAUGCGGAAGGUAUCGAGCCUUUUAAGCGACCAGAAAGGCUCACUUGUGUUUGGUCGCCAUGCGGGAGCUGAAGAGGCAGGACAAAUUGGAGGCAAUGUAGGGUCACAGUGGUACGUGUAUGGGCACAGUGAUUCUACAAUCCGGGAGCUUUUUAACGGAUUAGUGGAAGGCGAAUGGGAAGUGGAUUCCCAAUUGAUGCCUUUCGCGCAAAAGGAUAUAGACGAGAAGAAUCGCUCGGGAAGGUUUGGGGAGAAAGUUCGUAUGAUGUUCUUCUCUGCAUCUCGAUUGUAA